GCGCGCAGUGUAUAGGAGCCGUGAUGGUUGGGCGUCUGGUCUAACCGCGCGCGAGGUCUGACUAAGGCUCUCCUGCGGGCGGUGCACGUGAGUUGUGGAACCGUGGUUCGAGACUCCCUCCCUGACGAUGCCUGAGAUUAGGGUCACUCCCUUGGGGGCUGGCCAGGAUGUAGGCCGAAGCUGCAUCUUGGUCUCCAUUUCGGGGAAGAAUGUCAUGUUGGACUGUGGGAUGCACAUGGGCUACAAUGAUGACAGGCGCUUUCCUGACUUUUCUUACAUCACCCAGAGUGGCCGCCUGACUGACUUUCUGGACUGUGUAAUCAUCAGCCACUUCCACCUGGACCAUUGUGGGGCACUCCCCUACUUCAGUGAAAUGGUGGGCUACGAUGGGCCCAUCUAUAUGACCCAUCCUACCCAGGCCAUCUGCCCCAUCCUGUUGGAAGACUACCGAAAGAUCGCAGUGGACAAGAAGGGCGAGGCCAAUUUCUUCACUUCUCAGAUGAUCAAAGACUGUAUGAAGAAGGUGGUGGCUGUUCACCUGCAUCAGACAGUUCAGGUGGAUGAUGAACUGGAAAUCAAGGCGUACUAUGCAGGCCAUGUGCUGGGGGCAGCCAUGUUCCAGAUUAAAGUGGGCUCAGAGUCUGUGGUCUACACGGGUGAUUAUAACAUGACCCCAGACCGGCAUUUGGGUGCUGCAUGGAUUGACAAGUGUCGCCCCAACUUGCUCAUCACAGAGUCCACAUAUGCUACGACCAUCCGAGAUUCCAAACGCUGCAGAGAGCGAGAUUUCCUAAAGAAAGUUCAUGAAACUGUGGAGCGUGGCGGAAAGGUGCUGAUCCCUGUGUUUGCGCUGGGCCGAGCACAAGAACUCUGCAUCCUACUGGAGACGUUCUGGGAGCGCAUGAACCUGAAGGUGCCCAUCUACUUCUCUACGGGCCUGACAGAGAAAGCCAACCACUACUACAAACUCUUCAUUACCUGGACCAACCAGAAGAUCCGAAAGACAUUUGUCCAGAGGAACAUGUUUGAGUUUAAGCACAUCAAAGCCUUUGACCGGACAUUUGCUGACAACCCAGGUCCCAUGGUUGUGUUUGCCACACCUGGGAUGCUACAUGCUGGCCAAUCCCUGCAAAUCUUCCGAAAAUGGGCAGGAAAUGAGAAGAACAUGGUCAUCAUGCCUGGUUAUUGUGUGCAAGGCACUGUGGGCCACAAGAUCCUUAGCGGUCAACGUAAGCUGGAAAUGGAGGGGCGCCAGAUGCUGGAGGUAAAGAUGCAAGUGGAAUACAUGUCAUUCAGUGCCCACGCUGAUGCCAAGGGCAUCAUGCAACUCGUAGGACAAGCAGAGCCUGAGAGUGUGCUGCUGGUGCACGGCGAGGCCAAGAAGAUGGAGUUCCUGAGGCAGAAGAUUGAGCAGGAAUUCCGGGUCAGCUGCUACAUGCCAGCCAAUGGUGAGACGGUGACACUGCCCACAAGCCCUAGCAUCCCUGUGGGUAUCUCCCUGGGAUUGCUGAAGCGGGAGAUGGUGCAGGGACUGUUGCCUGAAGCCAAAAAACCUAGGCUUUUACAUGGCACCCUAAUUAUGAAAGACAGUAGUUUCCGGCUGGUAUCCUCAGAGCAAGCCCUCAAGGAGUUGGGCCUGGCAGAGCACCAACUGCGCUUCACCUGUCGUGUGCACCUGCAGGACACACGCAAAGAACAAGAAACAGCCUUACGUGUGUACAGCCAUCUCAAGAGCACCCUCAAGGACCACUGUGUACAGCAUCUCCCCGAUGGCUCUGUGACUGUGGAGUCCAUUCUAAUCCAGGCUGCCGCCCAUUCGGAGGACCCUGGUACCAAGGUGCUAUUGGUCUCCUGGACUUAUCAGGAUGAAGAGCUGGGAAGCUUUCUCACAGCAUUGCUCAAAAAUGGCCUUCCCCAGGCUCCCAGCUGAUGUGUGUCCACUGCUCUGUCUCUUGCUGUUUUCCUAGCAGGAGGACCCAGGGCUUCGGCUGAGAGGCGGGUGCCCUGAGUAGAUGAAGACCAUGACUGGAUCACAGACCCUGUCCUAGGGAUAAGAUCAGAGUGAUAGGCUGGCUAAAGUAAUAAACAGGCCUUUUUGUUCUCU